UAAACCUGUUAGGGCUGCAGAAGGACUAGAAGCAGAUUAUGUGCACACAGGUGCUGCUCUGCAGACUACCAGGCACUAUGUGGGUCAAUUAGUCUCAAAACAACACGGCUGGAUGUAUUCUUCUUUCACUGCUUUUUAACUCAACAGGAAUAAUACGCAAAAGCCUGCUGCUGAUACCCUGAUCUGUGCCGUACUCUACUGUAGGCGAGGCUAUGUAUUGUAUGUCUGUUAACAGUCAUGCAGGUCAUAUGAUAUCUAGCAUUGCCAAUCAUCCAACCUCUAACCUCUGUUGGCUAUCACCUACCUUGAUGUCAUGAGGUGGCCAUAUAAUGUGAAGAUUAUGACUAAGGUGGUUUCCAAAAAGCCUCAGGAGGAAUAUGAGGACGACUUUGAGAAGGAUCUGGACUGGCUGAUCAGCGAGGAAAGCCGGAGUGAGGACCAGUGUGUCUGUCUUUCCUCCCCACAGGGCCCUGACUACGUCGACAUAGAAGCAGAAAUUGACAAAGAACUAGAGGAGGAUGAGAAACGGAAAGGAAAGAAAAGAAAGCCGAAAAGCCACAAGGAGGAGAAGAAAGGUAAGAAAACAGAGGAAGAAGAUGAAGAGAGGUGGCCCUCACCUAUGGAGCCAUUAGAGUAUGACUCAGACAGAGACAGCCCAAAUAAAUCGUCACCUAUAGUCCCACCUCCUCCAGGGAUGGAGGACCAGACAGAAGAGGAGAAGAAGUACAUUCUGGAGAAGAUCCAACAGGCUAAUCGGGAGCUGCGGGACCAGGAAGCUCCGGAUAUGACGAGGCGCAGGCGGCUGCAUUUUAAAGCAACGCUGGUGGACCUGGUGGUGCCUCCACUGCAAAAUGGAAACACUGGUGAGGUGGAGGGGGCACAGGGCAACAAGGAUUCAGAGGCAGAGACUGAAAUGUCAGGGAAGCUUUCUGAGCUAAAACUUUCCCCUCGGGAGGAGAGUAGAGGAUCUGGCAGGGCUGGGGAGAGCAGUGAGGGAAGUGUAAAGGAGGGCAGAGUCCUUGUAGAAAAGGAUGGUAAGUUUGACCUGGUCAGCCUGAAAGAGGUGGAGAGUCAAGGACUUCUCCCUCCCAUAGCAAACAACUACAGUGACAGCUCCUCCCCCCGUCACCCGGAGCAGACUAUGAGCUCCGGUAAGACCCACAAGUCCUCCUCCCCUCCUCAUCCUCGUGCCGGCAUUGAUCACCUCCGUGCCCCCAGACCUCCAGCUCAGCCCAGGACCAGGCCCAGCUCAGCCAGCCACGGCCAGAGAGGCAGCCAGAGGAGAGACAGCAAGCGGCGUGUGCAGUCGGCCACCGGGAUACCCUGCCAGGCCACCUACUCCCUCUCCCCCCAGCAGAAAGAGCUGCUGCAGAGGAUACAGGAGAGGAAGGAGAUGUUGGCCAGAGAGGAAGAGCAAAGGAAACAGGAGGAAGAGGAGCAGAAGAGGCAGGAGAACGAGCUGGCGUUUAAGGCCUGGCUGCUGAAGAAGAGAGGGCAGUCUGAGGAGAAGAAAAGGAUCCACCGAGCCCAGGAGAUGGAGAGUAGGAAUUCUAAGAAAGACUCCGGCGACCCGGAGGAGUCCUACAGGCUGUGGCUUCAGAGGAAGCAGGAGCAGCAGCAGAAGGAGAGACAGCUGGUGGAGCUGAAGAGGCUGGAGGAGGACAGCGGUUACCUCCUACGCAGCCGCGAGGAGUGCGAACGUGCCUUCAAACUGUGGCUGAAGCGAAAACGGGCGGAGAAGCGAGCGGAGCAGCAGGCGGCCCGAGAGCGCUCCCGCAGGUUGGUGCAGGAGGAACGCCGCGAGCGACGCAUGAGGGAUCUGCUGUGUACCGUCAACGAAACCAAGCCAUUCAGAUUCAACGAACACCUGGCCCACCACUUCUGAACUAAAUGAAUCCCAGAUGUCUGCUGGAUUCACACCUCACAUAGCCCUCAUCAAAAACCACAGACUGGGCAACAAAGAUGUAAGUUUAUUCUGUGUUGAAUUGUUGCUAGGGUUUUGUUUUAUUUCUGUGCUGUGUUAAAUCCACCGCAGUGACCUCUACUCAGUGUGAGAAAAUGUAUUGAGUGAAUGAUUUUUUACUUUGUAGUGGCAGAUGCACUUUAAAUUGAGCUCUUCAUAAACUACAGGGCGGCGUAGCUUAAAUACAAGAGCUAAA